AAUGUAUUUUGUUUUAAAUUUUAGAAGCCAAUGAUUUACUCGAAAAAAUGCUUCAAGACCUAGAGAAAAAAUUAGGAAUUAAUAUGUCAGGAGAUUAUUUGGGUGUUGAGGAAAAAUUGGAAAACCUUGCAAACAUGAGAAGAGACUUUGUUGCUUGGUCUUUAAAAAGUAUAAUCAGACGUCGUAUAAUAGGAUCUGAGCAGGAUGUUAUAUCGUUACCCAAUUGUCGUUUGCUUGGAAUGUACUGGAGUACACAAUAUCCAGAAACAUACAUAAGCCAAGUUAACAUUGACUCAACUAGCCGUACAUGUACCUUAGAAACAUGUGAUUGUAUCGAAAAGAAAAUCAGGAAAAUCGAUGCUACAUGGUCAGUUUUAAGCUCAAAUGACCGAGUCCAUAAACUCGAGGUAUACUUACAACGUGGACGUCCACAAGCUCAACCCACAUCCUAACCAAAUGUCUGAAAAACACUGACACCUGUAUUCUGUUCUUUACAUAAUAUAUUAUAGAUUAUCAUAUUAUUAUCACUAUAUACACUAUAAAAUCAGAAAUUUAAAAAUAGUAUACAUAUAUUUAAGCUGACGGAUAAACAACCGUCUUAGGAUUUUUUCAAUAAUAUAUUUCACAUAAUACAUUUUCUGUACAGUAAGUACGUAAUGCUAUAAGCCUAUUUCUGUAUCAUGU